AUGUCUACUUGGAGCGCUUCGAGUUCAACGAGUUCGAUAGAUACAUCAGACACAGACGAUUACAGGGUUAUGGUGGAGCAGAGUCCGAGAAGGCGAUACGUAAGGUACGAUACUACCAUAGCCAAAGGUGCAACAGAAACAGUUUAUAAGGGGUUCGAUAAGAUUUCUGGUAAGGAAAUCGCUUGGUGUAAGAUGACGGAGUUGGCAGACGACGAAUUGAUUCAAAAAUUACAUACAUGUAGUCUGCUAAAGCAGUCAUUAGACCAUCAGAAUGUAAUUAAAUGCUACAGAUUUUUUCGAGAUCGUUCCAAACCUAAAAUCCUUAACAACAUUACUGAGUCUUUUACUUCCGAUUUGAAGGACUACAUCAACAAACACACUCUUGUGCAUAUCAAUACCGCGAUCAAGAUUUGGUGUCGACAGAUUUUAAAUGCGUUGCAUUAUCUUCACAAUCGUACUAUUCCGUUAAUUCAUCAUGAUGUCAAGAUUGAUAACAUCUUUGUUAUUGGAGAGUUAGGCAUGGUUAAGCUUGGAUAUUUUGGUCACGCAUUUCCAUUUGCACGUGUGAGAAGGACUACUAGCUUUGCUGGUAUGUCAGAAACUACGGCGCCUGAUGUUUUCGAGCAAGAUUAUAAUGAGAAGAUUGAUAUAUACUCGCUUGGGAUGACUGUAUUACAGAUGGUGACUCAGGAAAAGCUGUUCAGCGAAUGCAACGGCAACACGGAAAUGGUUUGUGAAAUGAUUAAGAAUGGUGAACUGCCUGCUGCGCUGAACAAUGUCAGAGACUUACAUAUUAGAAGAUUCAUUGAUAAGUGUAUAAGUCCUGUUUCUGAGAGACCUACGGCAAUUGAUCUUCUGAAGGACGGAUUUCUUGCAGACGAUGAUGUUCCUGAAAGAUUGACAGCAGGUGGUAGUGAUAGUAUUCAGAGUCUGAGAGAGUCUGUGCGUGCUCAGGUGGUAAGAUUAUUACAGCAGCGUCCGCCUGUUGAAUCACAAGAUACGGAACAGGAGAAGGCAGAUUUUGACAAUGAGGGUGAGGCAUUUGGGUCACAAGGGGGAACGUCUGAGACUGAUUCUGAAACAUCCAGAUCGCGUACUGCUUCUCCAUCUAGACCUUCUACGGAGCCAGAGACAGGAGAUCCUGAAACGUCGACUGGUGCAUCUAAGGAACAAGAGGAAGAGGAUGAGACACCUCUGUUACGAAGGAAAACAACACGCAAUGUUGAGCGUGGGGGUGAGACAUUUGGGUCAGAAGGGAGAACGUCCGAGACUGAUUCGCCAUCUAGGACACACGAGACAUCGUCUGAUGAGCAAGAUCAGGCAAGCUACAUGGAUUGA